AUGGCAGACUCCACGGAGAUAGUCUGCAUUUAUUACGAACGUCCAGGCUGUAUUGCAAUGGGCCUAACCGGCGAGAUUUGCAAGAUCAACGAUUCUGACGUUGUCAAAUACCCCAGGUCGUACCCUGGCGAAACUGCAUAUAACGAGCUUCGUCUCGAGUUCAUGUUUGUCGAGCGAAAAAUCUAUGAACGCCUCGGCCUUCACGAGGGAAUUCUUCCGUACCACGGACUCUAUAAUGACUCGGGGGCGAUUAAGCUGGCGUAUGCAAAGAAUGGUGAUUUAGGAGCAUAUAUCCCAGCGCACCAGGCUCCAUCCCAAUUAUUUCGUGCCGCCUGGAUCCGAUCGCUAGUGAAAGCGUUCUACCACAUCUAUUCCUGCAGGGCGCUGCAUCAAGACGUCAAGCUUGACAACAUUAUUGUCGAUGGUGACCUCUCACUUCGAGUUGCCGAUUUCGCCAACGGUGCCAUAUUCCCACUAGAUGCAGACAUGGAGGAGAUCUGUGCACAAGACCCGCUGUCCCGCAUUGACCUCCUCGGGAUUGGUUGUGUCUUAUACUCCAUCGCACAGUGGACUGUGUACAGCUACGACUAUUUCGAAAAGGAAAAAUGGCCUGAGCCCGGCGAAGUCCCCAACACAGACAAUAUCAUGUACGGGGAGAUUACCAAGAGUGCUGGGGAAACAACGCUGUAUGAGGAUUUUCAGACGCUGGACGAGGAGCAUGGGCUGGGAAAGGGGCACGUAUUGCCGUUUACUCUGUGGUUUUGCCUGGUGCCAACUCUGCUGUUCGUUUCGGGGCAUUUUAUCUGCGAGUUCAUGCCAAAUUGA